AUGGCUGGUACUGCUGCCAGUGUCAAACCCAAAUUGAUGGAGAAGAUGAACUGGGCAAUGUGUAUGACACUUGCUUGUGCGAACACUCAAUCUGCCGAAAAUGUCGAUCAGUUGUCUCUCAGGAGGACAUUAAUCACCAACCGCGAUAUGAGGACUAUUAGCCGAAUAUAG